AUGAAUGUUAUCAAGCUACAAAGGAAGUUCCCUGAGUUCUCGCAGGAAGAACUUUUUGAAACUAUCGAACAAUUUAGAAACAUUGACUUAGAAGACAAAGGAUGGGUGGAGAAGCCUCAAAUUUUGGAGUCUAUCUCUAAGUCAGGACUAGCCUCCUAUGAUGAGGCAAGAGAAACGUUGAAAAGUGUGGAUGUUGAUGCUUCUGGACGCGUUGAAUUGGAUGAUUAUGUGGAAUUGAUGGCGAAAUUGAGGGGCAACGGGUCAUCUGGAGCAGCAGCUCCACCAACCAGUUUCCCUAACGUUUCCCAGGGUAAGGUUCCACCAGCGGUUCCUAGCAAGCCACAGUCAGUGGGGUUGCAACAUAAGGGUUCUGGUGGGAAGGCUCAGAUUAUUGUUGGUGGUUCUACUUCAGGUACAACUCAUACUAUCAACGAAGAAGAAAGAAGGGCUUUCACCACACAUAUCAACUCUGUGUUGGCUGGUGAUCCAGAUAUCGGCCACAGAUUGCCAUUCCCAACUGAUACUUUCCAAUUGUUCGAUGAGUGUAGAGACGGGUUGGUUUUGUCGAAGUUAAUCAACGACUCUGUUCCAGACACCAUUGAUACAAGAGUUUUGAACUGGCCAAAGAAUAACAAGGCUUUGAACAACUUCACUGCUUCUGAAAAUGCAAACAUCGUUAUCAACUCUGCCAAGGCCAUUGGUUGUGUUGUGGUGAACGUUCACUCAGAAGAUAUCAUCGAAGGUAAGGAACAUUUGAUUUUGGGUUUAAUUUGGCAAAUUAUCAGAAGAGGUUUGCUCUCUAAGAUCGAUAUCAAGUUACAUCCUGAAUUGUACCGUUUAUUGGAGGAAGAUGAAACUUUGGAACAAUUCUUAAGAUUACCACCUGAACAAAUCCUACUACGUUGGUUCAACUAUCAUUUGAAACAAGCUGGUUCCAAUAGAAGAGUAUCAAACUUCUCCUCCGAUAUUAAGGACGGUGAGAACUACACGGUGUUGUUGAACCAAUUGGACCCAAGCCAAUGUUCCCUAGCGCCAUUGCAAACUACUGACCUAUUACAGAGAGCAGAACAAGUUUUGGACAAUGCUGAGAAGUUGGAUUGCAGAAAGUAUUUGACCCCAACCGCGUUAGUGGCCGGUAAUCCAAAGUUGAACUUGGCCUUUGUCGCACAUCUAUUUAACACGCAUCCAGGUUUGGACCCACUAGAUGAAAACGAACCUAUUGAAAUUGAAGAAUUUGACGCUGAAGGUGAAAGAGAAGCAAGGGUUUUCACAUUGUGGCUAAAUUCGUUAGAAGUGGACCCACCAGUGGUUUCCUUAUUCGAAGACUUGAAGGACGGUUUGGUACUAUUACAAGCUUAUGACAAGGUCAUGCCAGGAUCUGUUAACUGGAAAGUAAUCAACAAGAGACCAUCAUCCGGAGCAGAACUCUCACGUUUCAAGGCUUUGGAAAACACAAACUAUGCUGUCGAAUUAGGAAAGUCAAGAGGCUUUUCCUUGGUUGGUAUCGACGGUUCUGAUAUAGUUGAUGGUAAUAAACUACUCACCUUGGGUCUCGUUUGGCAAUUGAUGCGUAGAAACAUCGUCAACACAAUGAAUGAAUUGGCAACUACCGGAAGAGAUAUGUCCGAUUCACAAAUCUUGAAGUGGGCUCAAGAUACUGUUAAUAAGGGAGGAAGGUCAUCCACAAUCAGAUCUUUCAGCGACCCUUCUUUGUCCAAUGCACACUUCCUAUUAGAUGUGUUGAACGGUUUGGCUCCAGGUUAUGUCGAUUACUCAUUGGUAUUACCUGGUAAGACCGAUGAAGAAAAAUACGCAAAUGCCAGAUUGGCUAUUUCUAUUGCCAGAAAGUUGGGUGCAUUGAUUUGGUUGGUUCCGGAAGAUAUCAAUGAAGUCCGUUCAAGGUUGAUCUUGACGUUUGUCGCUUCCUUGAUGGCUUUGAACAAAAAAUGA